CUUAACUUUGGAGUUAUCAAAUUCAAUUUAUUUGUCAUGUUGCCGUGUUGUUCGCAGAAACGUUGAGAGUACGCUGAGUCGCAUGUGGUUUCUGGUUUGCGCAACUGAAUGCCAUAGUACUGUCGCGCGCUCAGUCGCACGCGCGUAUCUUGAGAACUGGAGUUUUAUUCUGCUGCCUCGCGACUCACCCUCUGCUUGUUUGUUCCAUUGUCCACAAGUAAUCUAAAAAAAUUGUUAUAUCGGUUAGAGGCAGUUUUGGACCAGGUUACUGGAUUUCCCCCCUUAUAUCCUCUGGAUGUGCGUUCUGACCAACGAUGUUUCAAUGGACCUGAAUGAGGAAGGAUUAUUUUGGUCCAAACAAUAAAUUGAUUGUUCGAACAAACUAAGCGCGUGUUGCCCACUGGUAAUAAACGCAAUGAUCAUCGCCGUGAUUUACUUCGUUGUACCGCUGUUUGAUGUGCUGCUAUCUGUCGAAGACUCUUUCUUUACUAGUGCGAACCGCCUGGACUGUGUGAAGGCGAACGAGUUGUGUCUGAAGGAACCGGGAUGCAGCACAAAGUACCGAACUAUGAGGCAGUGCGUAGCGGGGAGGGAGAGCAACUUCAGUAUGGUGACUGGAGUGGAGGCGAAGGAUGAAUGUCGGAUUGCUUUGGAUGCUCUAAAACAGAAACACUUGUACAACUGCCGGUGUAAAAGAGGCAUGAAGAAAGAGAAGAACUGCCUGCGCAUCUACUGGGGAAUCUAUCAGCACUUACAGGGUAAUGAUUUACUUGAGGAUUCUCCAUAUGAGCCUGUGAAAACCCGGCUCUCAGAUAUAUUUCAACUGGCCCCCAUCUAUUCAGGUGAGCCAGCUCUGGCAAAGGAGAACAACUGCUUGAAUGCAGCAAAGGCCUGCAACCUAAAUGACACCUGUAAGAAAUACCGUUCGGCUUACAUAAGCCCCUGCACAAGCCGGGUCUCAAUGGCUGAAGUAUGCAACAAGCGGAAGUGCCACAAGGCCCUGCGUCAGUUCUUUGACAAGGUGCCUCACAAGCACAGCUACGGUAUGCUCUUCUGCUCCUGUCCUCUAGGAGAUCAGUCUGCCUGUUCUGAGCGCAGACGCCAGACCAUCGUGCCAGCCUGUUCAUAUGAGGACAAGGAAAAGCCCAACUGCCUGACAUUGCAAGCAUCCUGCAAGACCAACUACAUUUGCAGGUCUCGCUUGGCUGAUUUUUUCACUAACUGUCAUCCAGAAACUCGCUCUCUCUCUGGCUGUCUGAAGGAGAACUAUGCUGACUGCUUGCUGUCAUACUCUGGUCUCAUUGGUACGGUGAUGACCCCAAAUUAUCUGCGUUCCCCCAAAAUCAGUGUGUCUCCAUUCUGCGACUGUAGCAGCAGUGGCAAUAGCAAAGAAGAAUGUGACAGAUUCACUGAGUUAUUUACUGACAAUGCCUGCCUACGUAAUGCAAUCCAAGCAUUUGGAAAUGGGACAGAUGUGAGCGUGUGGCAGCCGAUGCCCCCAGUGCAAACAACCACUUCUAUGACAACACCGUCCCAGAGGGCCAGGGAUCGAGACCGAUCACCCAAUGCAGUAGAGCCAGCGGCAAACAUCAACCACCUAAACCCUGGUGAUAGCUCACUCUACCCAUUCUGUGGCAGCCUCCAGGCUCAAAAGCUGAAGACAAACAAUACAAUAGAUGUGUUAUGUGUGGACCCACAGAUCGAUGACUCCAGCUCUUCCAAUGCCAUCUCCAGGAACUCCUCCGUUCGACAAGCAUCUAUAUCAGGCCUUAGCUUUCUGCUGCUCCUGCUGGCUACUGCAUUCUCGCAGCUGCAUCGUCCUCUGCAGUGAAGUUGUAGCCACCUGAGAACAUAAAACCUGGACAGUCUCAAUCUGUACAAAGUCGAUCACUGUUCAAUCUGUUGUACUCUCUCUCUUCCUUUAUCUCUCGCUGUUCUUUCUGGUUCUGUGUUCGAGAGCUUUUGUUGCUGCUGUAUUACUGCAACAAAGCAAAGUGAUCUCGGUGUACUCAACUUUCUGUCUCUCCCCUCUUGAUUUUGCAUCGGAAGAUGAAAUUUUGGUAUCAUUGCAACAUUCCCAUGUGACAUUGCCUCCAGUAUUUUGAUGGUCAGAACUCAUAAGGACUCACAGCAGUAGAGAUAAAUCUGUGUAUGCAUAUGUGUGUACUUUACCAUACAGUGUGCACCAUCCAUUGCUCAUUGGAAAACAAAUUUCACAGAAACCAAGACACUAUAGAACGUUUGUCAUGUUUGAGACGUGGUCACUUUAUUUUCAUAAACUGUUUAUUUUGUCUUGGUUUGGUUGAGAUUUUGGUGAAAAUAAGAUGCUCACUAAUUGUAUUCCUCCUCUGUGACCUGGCUGUAGAUCGAACAUAUCAAGAAAUUCACUUUCAGAACAUUUAGAAAAUCCAAAACAUGCCAUAGAAUGUGAGAGGAGGGUUAAGGGAGAAGAGUAAUCAAGAGUCUGCAAUCAAACCAUUGUUAACUGGAUAACAGUAUCUUAUUUGAAAGUGUAGAGGCUUGUUUGAGAAUUUUGCUUUUAUCAUGGUGUGUUAGUGCGUGACUUUGUGUUUAUCCAAGUUUGUGUGUUUGUUUGAAUGUGGCCGAGAUUAAGGGAAAAGCUCAUGGGCUGACUGGAAGAACAUGUCAAUAGAACUGGGGUUUCAAAACCCUAUACAUUAUGCCAUAGUUGACAGUGCAAACAUGGACUGAGGUGAGAACAGCAUUAGUUAUUAUGUUAUCAGAAGAUAUUUCAUUUUGUCACAGUUCUACAUUACAAUUACAUGUAUAACUGUAAAUUACACAUCAUCACUCACCAAGCUAAACCAACUAGCAUCCACAUAUCGAUGAGUGUAUAUUCAUAUUGCCUUUAUGAUGUUGCUUGGACAGGGAUUUUAAACUUCGGCCUAUAUUAUUUGCACUAAAAAGUCAUAUAUGUAUUAAUUAGCCAUUCUUUUGUACUGUAUGUCUAUAAAAAUUUACGGAAAGAAUCAGUAUCAGUGAUCCUUUAGUUGCAUCAUAAUUACUUAUUAAAAUCUCAGAGCAUUUACAAGAUCUUUUAAAAAGUACACAGAAGACUUACAUAAGACAUCAAUACAAGGCAUGUGCGGUUAACCACCUCAGCGGUACAUACUAAAUAAGUCUAUAUCAUGCUGCUUUGGUUCAUGUGGCAUUUUAAACAAAACAAAACAAAAAAUGUCUCGUAGUACUCCAGGUUAUUUAUGGUACAUUUCAAGUGCUAUAAGAAACAUAUACAUAUGUAUGUUUAUAGAGCCUGCUAUAUUUAAAUUGAGACCUGGUUGUACAAUGUAUCAUCAUAUUGGAUGAGGAUGUAUUGCUUUUUCAGUAACUAUAUACAGUAUAUAUUUUUUGUUUAGAUAGGCAAUGUUACAGUACAAGUUUAAGACUUUCAUCUGUAAUUAUUGCUGUCCUGUAGUUUUCCAAAAUGAAGGAAUUGCACAACAGCCAUUUAUGUACUAUAACACAAUGCUGUUGUUUUAAGUAAUCCAAAAGACAAAUCUCUUAUUUUUGUAUCCUUUGCAUUAUGGGUUUAUUUAUUGUAAUGUUGUCUCUCCUUCUAGAAGAAGAACAAUAAAUGUAUGAACAUUUAAAAACCAAGCAUGAGUGAUGACAAAUGCAGUAAAGGCUAUUGGACACAGUGUAUUAUUAAAGAUUCUACACAGGCAUUCUUCAGGGCAGCACUUUAGUCAGCUGCAUUUGAUUUUGGCAUUGAGAUGUGUGGAGCAACAUGAAGUUGCUGUGAAUGUGUUUGUUUGGGAGUAGGACAGUAAGAAUCCCACACUGUAAAAACAAUAUAUAUUUCUGUGCAUUCACAUCUCAUUGUUCCAGAGCAUUUAUUCUCACUGCAAACACAAGACUCCUCCACAGUCUGUCACAUUUCUUCGUAGCUUGUGAAAAUGUAAAAAGUAUUCUAUGAAAAUGAUUAAAAAUGUUGACUCA